AUGGAUUCGCCGGCAGCAUCUGUCUUACCGACUAGUGACGAAUAUCCAGAGAUUCCUAUUAUCGAUGAUAAUGAGAGUCUUGCCGAAGUGAUUCGGAAAUUAGCGAAUUACCUCAAUGUAGCUGUACCUGAUGUGGCGUGUACAUUUGAGCAACUGAGAUCUUCUCCCUAUGGACACAAGCUCCGACUCCUCAUAGGCUCUCUGGCAGAAAAUUCACACAAUCCUUGGAUUAUCUCUGCUUUGAUGAUCUUGAAAUGGCAGCUUAACAACGAAGACAACGACUCCGAUUGGGGCUUGAACGGAAGUCGGGGUUAUGCGUGUGAAUACAUCGCCUGGCAGUUUCUUUGUCACCUCACACAACGAGAGAUGAUAGAUGUACUGCUUGAGGAGCUUCCCUCUCCCAGACGGGAUUCUACAACGAUCUCUCAAGCCGAGCAAGGUGCGACUGGACUUGGUUCAUUCUCCCGUGAAGACGAAGGCAACGAAACAGAAGGUGAAAGGACUCCACUACUGUUGAGCUCCUCAUCGUCCCUCUACCAAUUCUUUGUCGGCAAAAGCCACCGAGGUGGCUCCUACGCUGGGGACAAUCGGGGAUCUCGGGGGUCGUACUAUGAUGAUCCCGAACUUCAGUCCUUCUCACCUUUUUUUGGUCUCAACGCUCUGGAAAUUGCAACAAUCGCCCAUGCUAAAAAGUUUCUCAGCCAGAAGGCCGUUCAAAGGGUGAUCGACAAUAUCUGGAACGGGGAGAUUGUGUUCUGGGACUCAUUGAGUGUACAUUCUAAGAAGAAGCCUCAGUUUUUCAACAAAAGGACUGCAGAUCCAUACUCAAGAUUAAGGGUUCCGAUGUAUCGAAAAGCGUUUGAAGCGGCUUUUUUUGUUUCUUUCUUGUUCCUAUACUACGCAGUCCUUGUCGAAAGAAAACCUACCGGCAUAGGCAUUUUCGAGACGUUGAUGUACGUCUGGAUAGCUGCCUUUGCUUAUGAUGAGCUGAGUGGCAUGGUCGAUGCGGGGAUGCUCUUCUAUCAAAUGGAUUUUUGGAGCCUGUGGAACAUGGGUAUCAUUGCCAUUGGGCUUGCCUUCGUUAUCGCGCGUGAGUCAUUCGCUCCCGGUACAAUACCUCCGCCGGUAGCUCGUUGGCGAAAGGCGAUAAGGCAUAUCCGUCGAGUUCGCAUAGUGCUGCUCCGGGCAACCCACCUUCCUUUUGUGGCCUUGAUCUGGGCUUUUGAGUCUAGCCGCCGCUAUGUUUCGCGGCGAAACAACCAAUUCCCGCCUACUCGAGCGACUGGACAGCCUACCUCUUCCAUGCAGGCUAACUUUCCAUUCUCCACGCACCACGCUCCGCUCCAUGCCUCCGCAGUCGAUACGCCGCAGCUGGGUUGUGGAAAAUCCAAGGGACCAACUAACGCGGGUCAGCAUGCCGAAGCCCGCGGAGUGCGUGCACUGACUCCAGGUCAGGCCGGGCAUAUUGACUUGGCGGAUAUGAUCGACGAGCUGGAACGGUUGCGCACCCAAGUGGAGCGCGUGGCAGCUACAGUAGCUUUUCACCAACGGAAUCGAAUGUGA